AUCCUGCUCACUGCCUCCUCUCUGUCCCAGCAUGAGGACUGUCUUCCUGCCCUGUGCAGCGGCCGCCCUGUUUCUGCUGGGACGUGCGACGGCUUCGGGGGACGCGGGCCAGGAACCAGUCCUGCAGGUUCGGAUUAUCAACUUUAACUUUGAGACUGUGCGGGUCACAUGGAGCCUGAGCCGAUACUCCGGGACAAAUCUGACUUUCGUCUACAGGUUGAGUAGUGAUGAGGCCAGUCGCCCAUGCUGCAACUACAUCGUUCACGAAAGCCACACUGCCGGCUGCCUCCUGGAGGCAAGAAAGGACGAAAUCCUGUGCUUCUCCCUUGGGAAUGGAACGGAUAUCCUUUUCCGAAAGUGCGAGUGGAUAAGCGCGUACCUGAAACCCAGCUCCCCAGAAGAUUUGAGUUUCCGCUGGCAUGAAGACGCUGUGACGGUCACCUGUUCUGACCUGCCCUACAAGCGUCUUCUGUACGAAAUCCAAUACAAGAGCGUUUUCGACACGGAGUGGCAGUCGAAGGAGGGUGAAACCUGCAAUGUUACGAUGCAAGGCUUGGAUUCUGAGAAAUGCUAUUUCUUCCGGGCCAGAGUCAAAACACUGGAGUCCAGCUACGGCUCUGACACUUACCCAAGUGACUGGUCCAAGGUGACACACCAGCAGAGGGGCGAGCUGAGAGAUUCAUGCCAGGAGAAAAAGCUUUUCCCCAAAUUUAUUUUAAUUUGUGGUAUGAUUGCCUUGCUGACCGUGUCCCUUCUCCUUCUGUCUUUAUGGAAAGUUCGGAGACUGCACAAGUGCCUCAUGCCCAGCGUGCCCGAUCCCAAGCUCACCUUCCCUGGGCUCUUUGAACUGCACCGCGGUAACUUCCAGGAGUGGAUCAAGGAUACACAGAACGUGUCCCACGUGGCCAAGACGGAGGCCACGGAGCAGGAGUGUGUCCCCGAAGAGACCCUCGUUGUCCAGCUACAGAAGGCCGAGGCCGAGAUGCCCAUCGUGACGACCGGCCCGUUGUGCCCUCCAACGGAGGGGGAAGAGGCCUCCAGGGAUGCCAGCCCGGUCGCGUGCCAGCCCCCACAAGGGGGCGAGGUGGUCUCUCUGGGGGGCUUCACGUUUGUGAUGACUGACAACUCAUACAUGCUGUUAUGAGGGGGUGCAAACUCAAAACCCAACAUUGAGGCCUACAUUGACACUAUAGCAUCUGAGGGACUCAGUACGACCACCAAGGGAACACCAACUAUGCCAGAGUGUGUGGCGGGGGUGGGGGGCUCACUGAGGAUCCUAACCGCCCAGCCAGGGCACUCCGUGUGUCAGCUUUCCCCCCACGCAUGGUGGACGGGACUCCGUCUGUCGAGUGCUUCUUGUUUCCAGCUCACAUGUGCCUGCGGCUGAUGGUUUCCCAUCCAUCGUGAAGGACGCUGGCCAGGGCUCCCUGACGUCGCCUCCCUCCGUGCACAUCGCCCGCGUGGCUGUUCCGACAACAUUUACCAUCCUGGGCACUUUGCGAGCCCUUUUGUUACACAGCACACAUGCCCCUCGAGCAAGCCACUCCGCUCCCGGGUAGGAAAGGAAGCCUGCUUUACGGAUGCGAACGAGCCACGCGGCUCCUGCCCUCACACGCGAAAAGAGCCACUCGGCAACGACAGGACCGCGUUCUCCAGCAGAGUCCGUUUCUGUGGGCGUCCACACGCAUGGUGUUGAGUCUGGACGCAGGUGGACCUUUGGCCGGAUCCAUCCUGCCCUUGAGGACAUACUGUGUUUUUCUUUUGUAAUGGAAAUAAAGGAAGGUUUAUCGCCUGGGCUUC